GAGAAUGAGACUCUACUCCGGGGAUUGUCGGAAAGGAGAGACUAAAUAGAGAAGGGUGAUGAGAAUGAGUAGCUCAAGAGGGAAGGAGAUCGAAGAACUAGCAGGAGAGAACUAUGAAGUCCUGGGGUAGUGAGGGGAGGUUGUAGAAGGAUGCUGUGAGGAUCACUGUGGUUGUUAAGUCCAGAUGCUUUUUUUCCUCCUGUGUCACCCGCAACACCCCCCGCCCCCUGUUUUUUGGUUUAUCUUUAGUCGAAUGAAGGCACAACCGCACUCAAAUCGAAAAUUUGUAAAAUAGGAAUACUUGUAAUGCCUGUGUCACGAGCAUUUAUAGUACAGUUUUAAAUAAGAUUUUUCUGGUAUGAAAGUUUAUGACACAAUGUUAAAAGGGUACAAAAUCACAUCAAUUUUUAGUGUGAUUACUAUUAAAUUGAAUAUACACGGAUACAGGGACUGGAAGGGACACUAAAGGGGAAAACAGUUAAUUUGUCUUUUAUUUUCUAAUGUUCUUAUGGUACAGUUUUUUAAAUGAGGAGAAAUUGGAAUAUAUACUUCAAAGUCUUCGGUAAACUGUGAAAUUACAUAUAGUGUAAGCGGCAUUACCCUUUUAUUUCCUUCUUAGGGAAAGUAUGCCAACACUGUUCCUGUACUAGAGCCAGCUCCCGUUAGUGGAGGUUGAUAUCCAACAAACUUGUAGGUUCACUCCAAACAUAGGUAGAUAGAAGGAGCUGAAAAAAAAUUCAUGAUUACAUGCUUUUUCCUUGUUGAACUUAUUUCCUUGCUGUUCUUGUUUGAAAAGCUCUGAAAGGGAAAUAAUCACCUCUUGUUGAGUCCUUGGCACGAUUUAAGUCACUUUAUCUAAUUUUAGUUUUUAUUGUGAUGUAUACAUAACAGAAGGCUGUAUAAAACAUAAGUACAUUUUAAAGAAUUAUAAUUAAGCAAAUACUUGAUCACCACCCCUCAGGUUAGGAAAUAAAGCAUUGCCAAAAACUUAAAUAUGCAUUCUCAGCAGAGGUGAUUGCCUUUUGAGGAGGUAAAAAAUCGUUCUUGUUGGGUGGGGGUGAGAGGGCAAAAAAACCCUUAGAUAAUACAAUAGUUUGUGGCCCUCCAAAGAGCCAUAGUACAUAAACUGUGGUAUUAAAUUUUCAUGUGGAGGGGUAGGGUGAGAACAUGAUUAGGGGAAAAAAAAGUCUUAAGAAAGCACCUUUGGGGUACAGUAAUUACAAUACGUUGAAAAACACUGCCUUAGAAGCUCCCUGAAUGAGUUUCUGUGAUUCCAUCUCCUCCAGCAAGAGACAUGGCCCAUGGACAUGGACAUGAACAUGGUCAUAGUAAAAUGGAACUUCCAGAUUAUAAACAAUGGAAUAUAGAAGGGACACCGUUAGAAACUGUCCAGGAGAAGCUGGCUGCACGAGGGCUAAGGGAUCCAUGGGCCCGCAAUGAAGCUUGGAGAUACACUGGUGGCUUUGCAAAUAAUGUUUCCUUUGUUGGUGCAUUAUUAAAAGGAUUCAAAUGGGGAUUUGCUGCAUUUGUGGUAGCUGUAGGGGCUGAAUAUUACCUGGAGUCCCAGAAAAAAGAUAAGAAGCAUCACUGAAGAUAAUACCUGGAAUUAUCUUUUAAUGUCUUCUUAACUCUCUUACAAAAAGAAGAUUUCUUCACUGUAGCCUACUCAUCUGUGUGUUUGUUCCUUACUUGGUUCUAGUAAGAUUUAAUAAAGUAAGAGAACAUG